UGCUAAUUUUUUAUUACUGUUGCAUUUAUCUAAUAAAUCAAAUACCGUUAUAUUUAAAUAAUAUAAAAAGAACAAUGACCAAGCUUUUAGAAUGGAUAUCGGUGACUUCAGCAGUGUUGGCUGUGUGGUGCUCCCUCGUUGGUGGUUAUGUGAAACACAAAUUCAUUGAUGAAAAUAUGAAUUUUAUUUUAGUAUCACCAAUAAUAUUUGUUAUUUUAUUUGGCCUAUAUGCUGUUACUGUUGUAUUGUAUAGAACAUUUACUUUUAAUAACUGUGAGGAAGCAGCUAUUCAGUUGAAGGCAGAAAUUCUCGAGGCAAAGAAAGAUUUACAUGAUAAAGGCUUGAGAUGGUAAACUAACAAUUCCAAUUGAUAUUAAGAAAUUCCAUUGAGUAUUUAUUUUGUUUGAAAAAUAAAAUAUUUAUAUUUUUUUAAAUUUGGAAGUUUAUUUUUAAAUAUUGCAUCAUAAAACUAUUCAAUAUUUUCAUUUAGGUAAUUAUAAAUGUUUUGUCAUAAAAACUUUUGUUUUUAAAGAUUUAUCAGCAUGCAAAGAUGUGAAUAUAUAUACCUAAGUAUUUUGUAAAGCUGCUAAUUCAGAAUUUUUUAAUAAAUAAUAUUAAAUAUCAGGAUAUCUGCAUAUUAUACAAUACAUAUUGUUUUAUAAAACAUUAAAAAUUAUAAAGUGCUUUUUAUUACAUAGUUAAAGAUUUGAUUAUAAGGGCAUAAUGUAAAUAAUUCAUUUAUAUAGAUUAAAAAAGUUAAAAUGUUGCCAGUAGAAAUGUAUACUUACCAAACAAAAUAUUUAUGAUGGGUAUAAUUAUUAAUAAAACAACUAAAUUUUGGACUAAGAUUUAUUUGAGCUAAAUAUUUAUUUGCAUGUAUUUACAAUUGUAAUAAUUUAAAAAAUAUGUAUAUUUUCACACCAUUUAUUCAAGAUCAAAAUGAAUACAAAUGAUACUUAGAAUUAGGUAAGGUACAUUAUGGUUUAUUAUUAAAUUAAUUGGAGACAUUAUUAUAAGCUAUGAGCGUGAAAAUUUAACAGAAUAAUGACAUUGUGUAAGGUUUUGAAAUGAACAAUGCCACUAUGCAAACAUUAUUAUUGUUUUUAUAUUAUAAUUUCUGCUCAAUAAUGACACUAUUUAUGAUGCACAUAUUAAUAAAAAAUCAUUGAUAUUCCAUUAAUUUAUGUCAUAGUUUGCUUUGUUUGGGUUUAGUCG